AUGUCUCAUAUCAUAAACUCCUUCCAGCAACUAGAAAAGUUGGGUGAAGGCACCUAUGCAACGGUCUACAAAGGUCGGAACAACCAGACCAAUGAGCUGGUGGCCCUGAAAGAGAUUCAUCUCGAUGCCGAUGAAGGGACGCCGUCGACUGCGAUCCGUGAGAUCUCCCUGAUGAAGGAGCUUCACCAUGAGAAUAUCCUGGCCCUGUAUGACGUGGUUCAUACUGGCGAAAAUCUCGUGAUAGUGUCGGAAUACAUGGACAAGGACCUGAAGCGCUUUAUGGACGACCGCGGUGGCGCUCUUGAUCUCCCCACCCUCAAGUUCUUCGCAUACCAAAUGCUGCGAGGCAUAGCCUACUGUCACGAGAAUAGCAUCUUGCACCGGGAUCUUAAGCCUCAAAAUCUGCUUAUUAGCCGGGAUGGAGAUCUGAAGUUGGCAGAUUUUGGUCUCGCCCGUGCCUUUAAUAUCCCCAUCAACACUUUCUCAAAUGAGGUGGUCACCCUCUGGUACAGACCUCCGGAUGUGCUCUUGGGAAGCCGCUCUUACGACACCAGCCUCGAUCUUUGGUCAGCGGGUUGCAUCAUCGCCGAGAUGUAUACCGGUCGGCCGUUGUUUUCGGGAAACGCGAACAAUGAUCAGCUGCUCAAAAUCUUUCAAGUGAUGGGCACCCCGUCUGAACGCACUUGGCCGGGUAUCAGCCAGUUGCCAGAAUUCAAGCCCAAUUUUCCUAUCUACCUGAGUCAAGACCUGCGACUCCUGAUCCCCAGGAUGGAUCCUCUCGGGGCUGAUCUGCUCGAGCGCAUGCUGCAAUUGCAACCUGAGCUACGGAUCAGCGCCGCUGAUGCGCUACGCCAUUCAUGGUUUGACAAUCUUGUUUCUGAGACAGGGCUAUCAACACGCAACGUUCCUAUGAUUGUUUAG